UUUAAAAAAAUAAAUCCGACUCAUAAAUUGUCGGAAAUAUCCCCGACGACACUUCUCGCUUUGUUACUGUCAGUGACAGAGAGAUAGAAGCUCUGUUCUUUCUCUUCCGAAGCUCUGAAUCUGUUUAAUUUGGAAUAUUUGGUCUGUUUAGGCUGUAGAUAUGAAGUAUUAUGAUGUUUUGAAGUUAGUUUCUUGCCAUGGUUGCUGUUGAGAAUUUUGUUUUGAAGUUAUUUUUUAGGGGUGUUGUGUUUUUUCUCUGAAAUUAAGGGGCCGUUGCGAGGUGAUUGAUGAUUUCAAUUUUUAGUGUUGCAGAGUAAGAGUAGAGUGAGAUAAGACAGUGAGUGGAGUUGGAGAUGGAUUCAACAACAGGAAACCCUAAUUACACGGUGCAAUCCUCCCCGGUGGUUGAUCCUCUGUCGUCAACUAAUCAUAUUCAUAAUCGGCCCAUCUUCUCAUUUCCAAGUAGGCCUGCCCUCAGAAUUACCACCGAGUUUGACAGUGAAAGCGCAGUCUUCUUCCACAAAAUUUCUUGUAAGAUUUUGGACAGCCUUGCCAAGUUCAAGUUAUCUUUCCACAAUAACAGUAAAGGUGAUGUCUCCGAACCUCAGAUCAGUUUUGUAUCCAAGCACCUUAGCCUCCACUACGACCUUGAAGACCAUAGUGCUCUCAUUAAGAGUUCCAUUGACGUUGGUCCCAGAUUGAAACUCACAGGUGUCCAUGAUGUCAAGGCUCAACAAGGAGAGGUUACAAUGGUUGCAAACGUCGCUGAUCCUGGAUAUACACUUCAACUAUCAACAGCACUUCCAUCCGCUGGACUGCCAAAAGCAACCUUCAGAUUUCCUCUAGGUGAAGUUUCAUUGCAAGAGAAAGAGGAGGAGGAGGACGAACAAGUCAAGAAUUUGUUGUCAGUGAGUGGGAUUCUUAAAGGUCAAUUUUUGAAGGGUGUCUGCACUGCCCAUUACAAUGAUGAAGAAUUGAAGUUAAGAUACCGCUACAAGGACGACGAAAUGUCAUUUCUUCCAACACUUUCGCUCCCUUCAAAUGCUUUGUCAUUUGCUUUCAAGCGUAGGUUUGGUCUUUCUGACAAAUUAAGUUACUGGUACAAUUGUGAUUCCAACUAUUGGAGUGCUGUCUACAAGCAUACCUACGGUGAAGAUUUCAAAUUUAAAGCUGGUUAUGAUUCAGAUGUUCGUCUUGGCUGGGCAUCCCUUUGGGUUGGAGAUGAAGGCGGGAAAGCAAAAACAGCUCCGAUGAAGAUGAAAGUUCAAUUCAUGCUUCAAGUGCCACAGGAUGACAUAAAAUCUUCAGUUUUGAUGUUUCGGGUUAAGAAGAGAUGGGACAUUUAACUGUCUCCUGGAGAAUUUUCGUAAAAUUUAUUACUCCUUUCAGUCCUUAAUAUAAGAAAAAGUUUACUUUUUAGAUACAUUAAAAGAUUGAUGUAUUUAGACUAUAUCAUUAUCCAAAAAGUGAACUCUUUCUUUAUAUUAAAGACUGGAGGAGUAUAUGUUAAAAGUUGGGUACUUCAAUACUUGUUAUUGGGCAGUUUUAUGGGUACUUGCAAAGGUGAUACUGACUAUUUGACUGGUCGGUGCUUCUCCAAUUUCAUCAAAUUCCUUACUGGUGUGACAAGAUUACAAUCGAGUUACCAUAAGAUAAGUAACAAUUAUCAAUCUUACAAAAUUUGUAAAGAUGGUUUUUGUUUUUGUUUUGUAUUAACCCUCUGAUUUUUGGGAAAGGGACCCGGUAAUUCAUAGUUCAUCAGCGAGGUAAAUAAAUAAAAGAAGUGUUAUUUA